CUCUCGCUUGAGGGUUGGGUCUAGCUUCGAAUUUUUCUUGGAACGAAUGAAGUAUUAAAUCAUUAUUUGUUGGUCGCAAUAGAGCCUCACUCAAUGUUGGUAUUUAAAUUAAGGGCAGCAGUGGAACAAAACCAUUUAAUGUCAGCAUCUCUUGUCUUUUUAAUCUGGUAGAUGUUUUUCAAGCUGAAGAUAUAUGAGGAUGUGGAGGUGGAGGGUCCACGUAGUCCCACCCACCCCCUCCUACUACAUACGAUCAAAUUGGAUUUCAAUUUCGAUCUGAUAUUUUUUACCAGAUGGCUGUGGGAAGAAAAGCUGGUGUGUUCUUUAUUAUUUAUUUAGUUCUGCAUUUAUUAAUGAUGUUUUGGGAUUUGAGAAAAAUAAGAAAAGGGUAUCAAUAUCAUUAGUUGUGUGGUUCUUGUUGUUUUGCGAUUCGUAGGCACAGAUGACCAAUGAAUGUGUGUUCUUGCUUCUCCCCUCUUUCGCUAUCUAUAUCUCUUUUCUAUGUCUCUUCCAUCGAUCAUUUAAUCCCUACCUAAUCUCUAUCCAAUCUCCCAGACUAUGAUCCAUUCGAUUAUUCUUAAGGUUUCGAUCACAACUCAGAAUAAUGUCUGCUGCAUCAUCACUGCCAUGAUGCAGCGCCGGAUUAUACUCAAUUGUGGGUAGAGCAGCCAGCCAUGGCGGACGACGAGGCUAAUUCGAGAAGAGACGACGAUGAUAAUGAUAAUGAUACUGAUAAUGAUUAUUGUUAUUACAGCUGUUACGAUUCUGGUCUGAAUUCAUCAUCCUCGUCAUUGACGAAAACCCCAAUUUGCGGCGGCGAUGACGUCAGCUUGCGACAGUGGCUGGACAAUCCCGACAGGGCCGUCGUCUUCUCCGAAUGCCUCCACAUAUUCUCCCAAAUCGUCGACAUCGUUAGCCUCGCUCAUUCCCUCGGAAUCGUCGUUCAGAAUGUCCGGCCGUCGUGUUUUAUCAUGUCCUCCUUCAAUCGAGUCUCCUUCAUCGAGUCUGCUUCCUGUUCCGAUUCCACCGGCUCCGAUUCCCCCGAUCCCUCCGACGCCGCCGGAAUUCACUUUCCGAUCGACGACGAUGACAACGACGGCGAAGAUCAUCUGCAGCAGCAUUUGUUUCCGAUGAAGCAAAUUCUGGUGAUGGAAUCCAAUUGGUAUCGAAGCCCCGAAGAAGCUUCUGGAACUCCGACUUGGGCUUCCGACAUUUAUCAGCUUGGCGUCUUGCUCUUCGAGCUGUUCUGCACAUUCGGCUUCGCUGAAGAGAAAACCGCGACAAUGGCGAGCUUAAAGCAUCGAGUCCUUCCGCCGCAGUUGCUGCUCAAGUGGCCUAAAGUAGCCUCCUUUUGCUUAACAUUGCUGCAUCCCGAUCCGAGUAGCCGGCCUAAAAUGAGUGAACUGCAGCAGAGCGAGUUUCUGAAUGAGCCGAGGAACGAAAUCGAAGAACGAGAAGCCGCGACAGAGCUUCGAGAGAAGAUCGAGGAGCACGAGCUGCUGCUGGAGUUUCUACUACUUCUACAAAAGCAAAAACAGGACUGCGCGGAUUUACUUGAGGAAAAAUUAUUGUACAUAUCAUCCGACAUAGAAGAAGUCACAAAGAUGCAGACGAAUCUACGGCUACAGGGGAGUGCAAGCUCGCCAGGUCUCGAUAAAAUGAGCAUUGCAGAUGAUGAAUCUUCUAGCUCCGGCUCGAGAAAGCGAAUCAAGCAAGGAAUCGAAGAAAAUCCAGGAAGGAUUCUGUCGAAAAGUUCCCGACUGAUGAAGAAUUUUCGGAGAAUGGAAUCUGUGUAUUUCUUGACGAGGCAACGAGCCGCGAAACAAGUCGAAAGAAGCUUGAUCAGAAAUCCGUUGUCAAAAGAGGCGUGCGAUGAGCAGAGGCAGAGCGGAUGGAUUAGUACAUUCCUCGACGGAUUGCGCAAAUAUCUUUCAUUUAGUAAAUUAUCGGUGAAGGCCGAUUUGAAGCAAUGCGAUGUCUUGAAUUCGUCGAACCUCGUGUGCUCCCUUAGUUUCGACCGUGAUGGGGAGUUUUUUGCAAUGGCGGGUGUGAACAAGAAGAUCAAAGUUUUCGAGUAUAACUCGAUUUUAAGCGAAGAUUGCGACAUACAUUACCCCGUCGUCGAAAUGGCAAGUCGAUCGAAGCUAAGCAGCAUAUGUUGGAACAGCUACAUCAAAAGCCAGAUCGCGUCGAGCAACAUCGACGGCAUUGUGCAGGUAUGGGAUGUCACCAGAAACCAGACAGUCGUUGAAAUGAGAGAGCACGAGCGGCGAGUGUGGUCUGUCGACUUCUCGGUGGCUGAUCCGACGAUGCUCGCCAGCGGCAGCGACGACGGAUCGGUGAAGCUCUGGAAUACCAAUCAGGGAGCGAGCGUUGGUGCUAUCAAGACGAAGGCCAACGUGUGCUGUGUGCAGUUCCCGGCAGACUCAGGUCGCGCCAUUGCGUUUGGAUCCGCCGAUAGUAAGAUAUAUUACUACGAUCUUCGCAACUCGAAAGCGCCAUUGUGCACGCUCGUCGGGCAUAAUAAAACGGUGAGCUACGUGAAGUUUGUCGACUCGAGGACUCUCGUCUCGGCGUCGACUGAUAACACUCUAAAGUUAUGGGAUUUGUCGAUGUGCACGUCGAGAGUUGUCGACUCUCCUCUGCAGUCGUUCACUGGCCAUCUUAAUGUGAAGAAUUUUGUGGGACUAUCAGUGUCUGAAGGAUACAUUGCAACUGGUUCGGAAACAAACGAGGUCUAUGUGUACCACAAGGCUUUCCCGAUGCCGGCGCUGUCGUUCAAGUUCAGCAGCACGGAUCCAUUCUCGGGCCAAGUAGACGACACGGCGGCGCAGUUCAUCUCGUCGAUUUGUUGGCGCGGACAGACAUCAACCUUAGUAGCUGCCAAUUCAAUGGGAAAUGUUAAGCUUCUGGAGAUGGUUUGAUCUCCAUGGAUUUUGAUUGCCCAGACUGUCGGAAGAGCUAUAUAUAUCAGAUAUGUAUACACACAUAAUAUAUGAUUUUGGUUAGUUUGUAGUGAACAGGUGAUCUUUAACUUGGACACUCUGCUGUAGUUAAUAGUGUAUACAUAUACAUACAUACAUAUAUAUGUAUUUAGUUGGAAGGUGGGAGAGGGAAAGAUAUUUUCUGUAAAUUUCUUCCUAUGUAUAUAAUUUUACUUCUAUAUUUAUUUA